AUGAAUGUUCUACUAACCGUUGCUGUGGCUAAGCUCAUUUUUGGAGGUCUUACGGAAACUUCACACAAGCGCUAUGAACUCUGGACACAGUGGUGCUGUUCCUCCUAA